AUGGGAACCAUCUUACGCGCUAAAAAAGGAAAAAACAAUUUAUCUACAACAAAUGACUUAUAUAAUACUGACUAUCAUAAUCAACAGAAAGAAAUGAUAACUGAGUCAAUUCCAAAGAUUGUCCCAUUGUAUGAUGGCACAGAACUAAAAAUUAAUCAAAAGUUAAUAAUGAAUGGACUCGCUACUAUAUCAGUACGAAAUAUGAGAUCUAAAGAAUAUGCUAUUAAAAAAAGGAAUUCAUUUUUCAAUCUUCAUCGUCCUGAAUUAAAAGGUUUAAAUAUUAUACCUACUGAAAACCAACAAGAGAACAUUUUACACCAGCAGAUUCUUAAAGAAGUAAAGACAAUUCACGAGAUAAAAACAAUGAAAUCACUUUGUACAAUUAAUGGGCCACAAAGUUCACCAGCAAAUAACCAAGCCAACAUUUCUAAUGAUAAUCUCAAACCUGAUGCGACAUUAUUGGAAAACCAUUUUUCAAAAAGACUUGUAAAGCCGAUAGCCAUAUCCUCAUUCAAUCAACAAAUCAAAUGGGUUGACAGUUUAGUUUUUACGGAGCCUGAAGAAUCAACAUUAAAAGCAGAUAAAUAUUGUGUUCACGAUGUGGAAAUAAAAUCUACUUUAAUCGACUGA